AACGCGACCAGCUAAUGAGCUAGCUGAAUGACGUUCAUGAUUACUCGAAGGAGCGGAGCUAACGACAACUUCUCCGCUAGCGUUACCGGACCAAUCUACACCUGAAGCGCAGAGACAGUCGUCUCUCUCCCUCAGUGACCACAGAGGAGCGAGCCUCCGUCACCAUGACAGACAACAAGCGUCUCGCCUUCUCCAUCCUCCAGUUCCUCCACGAUCAGCUGCAGUCGGGAAAUCUGACCUCAGGCGCCCAGGAGAGUCUGGAAGUCGCCGUUCAGUGUUUGGAGACGGCGUUUGAAAUCUCGACUGACGACCAGAGCCUCGCCGUCCCCAUGACGUUACCGGAGAUCUUCGCCUCAGCCACAGCCAAGCUUCCUGCCGAGUCGCAGGUCAACAACAACUCCCCUCCCCCACAACCUCCGAACUCCCUCAGCGAGGAACAGAGAGCCGAGGCCGAGACCCUCAAAACUGAAGGUAAUGACCAAAUGAAGGUGGAGAACUUCGCAGCUGCUGUUGAGUUUUACUCAAAGGCCAUCGCCAUCAACCCGCAGAACGCCGUCUAUUACUGCAACAGGGCUGCUGCGUACAGUAAACUGGGGAACUAUGCCGGAGCGGUGCAGGACUGUGAACAGGCCAUCAACAUCGACCCGAACUACAGCAAAGCCUACGGCAGGAUGGGUUUGGCUCUGGCCAGCCUCAACAAACACACAGAAGCGGCGAGUUACUAUAAGAAAGCUCUGGAGCUCGACCCCGACAACGACACGUACAAAACCAACCUGAAGAUCGCUGAGGAGAAGAUGGAGACGUCGAGUCCGACGGCGGGGAUGGGCGGAGUGGAUCUGGCCGGUCUACUCAGUAACCCCGGCUUCAUGAACAUGGCGUCCUCUCUGAUGAACAAUCCUCAGUCCAGCAGCUGUAAGAUGUCGGGGAUGAUGUCGGGAGCAUACGGCGGGAUGCCAGGAGGAGGAGGAGGAGGACUGGGAGGAGGACUGGGGGGUGGACUGGGGGGUGGACUGGGAGGAGGACUGGGAGGACUGGGAGCAGCAGCGGCACCCCCCGGAGCCGCUGCUGCUGGAGAUUUAUCAGGACUGAUUCAGGCAGGGCAGCAGUUUGCUCAGCAGAUGCAGCAGCAGAACCCCGAACUCAUCGAACAGCUGAGGAGUCAAAUCCGCAACCGAACGCCCAGCGCUGGAAACGAGGAGCAGCCAUGACACCAAGACACAGUAAACGUACGGAGCCCGAGAGGUUGGACAUGUUUGCGUGUGAAGAAGAGUUGAUUCUUUGGAUCGUUUAUAUCUCGAAGGACUAAAAGGAAGUUGUUUUUUUUUGUUUUUUGUUUUUGUUUCCCAUCACUGAGUAAUUCCUGCACGAGAGAACGAGGAGCUUCAUUCAGUCACCAAAAACUACAAACGCCCACUUCCUGCGGCUCUGUGUGGUUUUCAGGAAGAACAUUUUGACUUUAACACUUUGAUAUCAAACAGAUGAAUUCUAAUAAAUCAAUAAAUCAAUAAUAAUAAUGCUGAAAAUAGGAACCUGGAUGUUAAACAGAACUUUCUUCUUAAAACUACACAGUGUAACUUUAAAUGUGUUUGUCCAGGACCUUGUUUAUGGUGUGUGUGUGUGUGUGUGUGUGUGUGUGUGUGUGUGUGUG